AUGUCAUUCAGUUCAGCAACAACUAUGGGAUCCACUGCCAAACUUAGUAGAAAUCACGAAGAUGUUAUCUAUGAAGGUUGGUUAUAUAAAAGAGGAGAACAUAUUAAAAAUUGGAGAGCACGUUAUUUUAUUUUAUUUAAUGAUGGUGCAUUACUUGGUUUUAAACAAAAGCCUGAAACAUCACAAUAUAUGGAUCCAUUAAAUGAUUUUACAGUUCGAGAUGUUCAGCUUAUGAAAGUUGAACGUCCAAAGGCAAAUUCUUUUAUUGUUCGAGGUUUACAAUGGACAACGGUUAUUGAAAGAAUGUUUCAUGCAGAAAAUGCCCAAAUAAGAGAACAUUGGUUAACUGCUAUAAAGCAAGUUUCAGAUAAAAUGAAAGAAAAGUCAAAGCAAAUGAAUGAUGUUGAAAUGAUGGAUUGUAAUAAUCAUAAUGAUUCAUCAAUUCCAGGUGUUAAUCAUUUUCUUCAAAAUACUCAAUUAUUUACUUCUGUUCCAUUAUCUGAAGUUGAAAAAAUGGAAGAAGGAAAUGGUGGUUCAAUAAGUUUUUCAACAAAUAUUAAAAAAGAUAUUUCAAAUGCUAGUAUUAAGGAUAAUUCAUUAAUGCAAGUAAAACAACAAAAAAUAGAUAAUGACAUUAAUAAUCAAGAUAUCAAAAACAAAAAACGUAAAAUUGGUUUAGAAGACUUUGAUUUCCUUAAAGUUCUUGGUAAAGGAACAUUUGGAAAAGUUAUAUUAUGUCGUGAAAAAACAACAGGAAAUUUAUAUGCAAUUAAAAUUUUAAAAAAAGAAGUUAUUAUUGAAAAGGAUGAAGUAGCACAUACCUUAACUGAAAAUCGUGUAUUACAACGUUGUAAACAUCCAUUCCUUACUGAAUUAACUUACUCAUUUCAAACAGCUGAUAGAUUGUGUUUUGUUAUGGAAUUUGCUAUUGGUGGAGAUUUAUAUUAUCAUUUAAAUAAACAAGUGCAAAUUUUUAGAGAAGGAUUUUCAGAAUCUAGAACUAGAUUUUAUGGUGCUGAAAUUGUUUUAGCUUUAGGAUAUUUACAUGAAAAUAAUAUUGUUUAUAGAGAUUUAAAAUUAGAAAAUUUAUUAUUAGAUAAAGAUGGGCAUAUUAAAAUUGCAGAUUUUGGGUUAUGUAAGGAAGAUAUAUCUUUUGGAGAUAGAACCAGAACAUUUUGUGGUACACCAGAAUAUAUUGCACCAGAAGUUUUAGAAGAUAAUGAUUAUGGUAGGAGUGUUGAUUGGUGGGGGGUUGGUGUUGUUAUGUAUGAAAUGAUGUGUGGAAGAUUACCAUUUUAUUCAAAGGAUCAUGAAAAAUUAUUUGAAUUAAUUUUAAGUGGUAAUUUGAGGUUUCCCUCAAAAUUAUCAUCUGAAGCACGUGUAUUAUUAUCGGGUUUAUUAAUAAAAGACCCAAAUACUCGUUUAGGUGGUGGUCCUGAAGACGCAAAAGAAAUUAUAUGUCAAGAAUUUUUUAAACCUAUUGAUUUUGAGAGACUUUAUCGAAAAGAAAUUGAACCACCAUUUAAACCUGCAUUAAAAAAUGAACAAGAUACCUCAUAUUUUGACAUAGAAUUUACAAGAGAAGCUGUUCAAUUAACUCCACCUUCAGCUAGAAAAAGUAUAUUACCAACAUUAGAGGAGACAGAAGAAUUACAAGAUAAUUUUGUUCAAUUUUCUUUUCAUAAUGACAUUCCAUCUUUAUUAGCAAAGAAUUCAGAAUUGUCCGAAGGAAUGGUGGAAUGA